GGAGGUUACGACAAAAUAGAAUGGGAAUCAUGGAGAAAGCAGAGGCCCUAUAUAAUACAACAUAUCCUCUGUUAUCAAAUCUUGGUUUCUAAUCGCAAAUCCCAUUUAAUCCAAUGGAGAAACCACACAUAGCAGUAGUUCCUAGUGCUGGCUUCACUCAUUUGGUUCCAAUUCUUGAGUUCUCCAAACGCCUCCUUCAUCUCUACCCAGAAUUCCAUGUCACAUGCAUCAUUCCCUCUGUUGGCUCCCCCCCCAUCUCCUCCAAAACUUACCUUCAAUCCCUUCCAUCUUCCAUAAGUUCCAUUUUUUUACCCUCCGUCACUCUUGAUCAUGUGCCUGAUCCAUCUCUCCUUGCAAUCCAAAUUGAACUCUCAGUGAAUCUCUCUUUGCCUUACAUAAGGGAAGAAUUGAAGUCCUUAUGUUCUAGAACAAAGGUUGUAGCUUUGGUUGUGGACGUUUUUGCAAAUGGAGCUUUGGAUUUUGCUAAGGAACUCAACCUCCUGUCUUACAUAUACCUCCCUCAAUCAGCUAUGUUGCUUUCUGGCUACUUUUACUCACCAAAGCUACAUGAGAUACUUUCUUCUGAGUCUAGAGACCCACAAGAUCCUAUUCAGAUUCCUGGGUGUGUACCUGUUCCUUGGAGAGAUCUCCCUCCUCCGUUUCGACAUCAAUCUAGCAUAGGUUACAAGAGGUUUCUUGAACGUGCUAAACGACUUCAUGUUCCUGAUGGCAUCUUUGUGAAUACCUUCCAUGAAUUGGAAUCAGGGGCUAUUAGAGUUUUGCAGGAACAGGUCAAAGGGAAGCCCAUGGUUUAUCCUGUUGGACCCAUAAUUCAGAAUGGGUCAGUCAGUCAUGAAAACGGGUUGGAGUGUUUGACAUGGUUGGAUAAGCAAGAACCCAAGUCUGUUUUAUACGUGUCGUUUGGAAGUGGUGGCACACUUUCCCAAGAUCAAUUCAAUGAAUUAGCCUUUGGGUUGGAAUUGAGUGGUAAAAAAUUUCUUUGGGUAGUGAGAGCCCCUAGCAGUGUGACCUGUUCUACUUACUUUGAUGCUGCAAUAGAGGACUCUCUAGGGUUCUUACCAGAGGGUUUUCUGGAGAGAACCAAGAUGCAUGGUUUGGUUGUCCCUUCUUGGGCCCCUCAGAUUGAAGUGCUUGGUCACAGUUCAACUGGGGGGUUCCUUUCUCACUGUGGUUGGAAUUCAGUGCUUGAAAGUGUUGUGCAGGGUGUGCCAGUGAUAGCAUGGCCUCUGUUUGCUGAGCAAGGGCUGAAUGCUGCAAUGCUAACUGAUGGUCUAAAAGUGGCACUGAGACCAAAAGUUAAUGACAGUGGGUUGGCUGAAAGAGAAGAAAUUGCUAAGGUAGUGAGAGAGUUGAUGGAAGGUAAAGAAGGCAUGGAAAUUCGAAGAAGAAUGGACCAUUUGAAGAAUGCUGCCGCUAUUGCCAUAAAAGAAGAUGGAUCAUCCACAAAGAAUCUUUCAGUGGUGGCUGCCAAUUUCAGAGGCUUUUAAUUAUCAUGUCAUUAGUUAGUUUUAUUUAAUAAAUUUCCAACAACCUUGAAGUGGUUCUGGUUUUGUUUGAUCUGUCUCUUAUUUAUUUUUACUUUUCAAUUGUUAGACAUAAAAGAAUGUAUGGAGGAAAGGUUACUCCUCAUUGUCUGUCAGUAAAACGACGUGGGACUAAAAAUUCUGCUAUCAAAAUAUAUUUCUGACAGGCAAAAUAGACAAUAAACCUAUCAAGAAAAAGAUCUAAUCUUUGCCUAUUGGUCAACAUAUUCUACAAUCAUAUGGAAUAUAAUGGAAAAAUGAAAACAUGGUAACAGGUGAAGAAGAAAACAUGUUAUAAACAUUUUAAUCUUAUCGUUUUCCUUUGGAGUUUUGAGAGGUUAGGAGCUUAGGCCAUUCAAAAUGUUCUUGAUGAGUAUCAUUUUUAUUUUCUUUUUCUCGUUGUGCCCUUUUAAUUCUUCUAGUUCCAAGAAGCUUGAGCGAUUAAAAUCAACGUCUGCGUCUGAUAUCUUUACAAUGUGCCUUAGAUGCAUGAUUGUUAGUAAUUUACAAAUGUAGCUUUUGGCUAUGUGCUUGCUUGGAAAUACGUAGAUAACGAGUCUCGUACUUUUUUAACGCAAUACAUACAUUCCAAUAAAAAUGCAUGUUUUAAAUUGAUUUCUGGAUUUACUUCAGUCAAUUCAAUAAAUUUUAUAAAAAUUA